GACGUGUUUUGCGCAUUUCCUCCAUCAACACUACAGAAAAAGAGGCAGGGUGCAGGAAACCAACAGCAGUAGCAACAGUAAGCACAAGCAAGCAGCCUGGAAGCUGCAGGGACACAGACCAAUGGUUGUUGUUCUUCAUGUUACAUUAUUUAAAAAAACAAAAAAACAAACAAACAGCUGGAUCUAGGAGAGAAGAAGCGUCCCCAUGCACCGCAAACGAGCUGGACCCUGGAUUCGUUCCAUCGCUGAAACGAGGAAGAGGUGGAUUUUAGCACCCGAACGCCCGUGAAGAAGUACUGCUUUCGGAACGUUCUGGGUUUUUUUUCUGUUAUACAGAGUGUGAAAGAAAAUAGGCUUGUUGUUUUUGUUUUGUUUUUAUUUAUUAUUUUUAUUUUUAUUUUAUUUUAUUUGCUACACUGUAGCAUUUGUGUGUUUGUGAGAAAACCCCAUGGUUCCGUUAAUUCUGCGUUCUCUACAUGAUCAGCUGUGGUUUCUUUAUGAUACAAACUGAGGAAAACUCAAAAACAAACAACAAAAUUACUUUACACGCAUCAUCGACCGGGAGCGUUUGUGAACAGUGUUUUGCAUUUGAUUUGUGCGUGUGUGUAUGAUACAGAGUGAAACAGGACUGCUGUAAACACGGCAAGAAUCCUCAUAUAUUCACAGGGUGUCGCAAGAGCAAAACAACAUUGUAAUAAUCUUAUUCCCGACUGCGGCAAGUUAUUUUUUAUUUUUAUUUAUUUUUAUUUCAGGAUGCAUUUAAUAGUGCAUAAAUAAAAUACAACAAAACUAAAGUGGAUACAAAAAAAAAAAAAAAAAAACUCGCCAGGAAUACAGCUGUAUUUUCCCAUCAUAAUAAUAAUAAUAAUAAUAAUAAUAAUUACAUAAAUCAGCCAUCAUCAUGGUGGUUUUUAAUGGUUUAUUAAAGAUCAAGAUAUGUGAGGCUCUGGCCCUUAAGCCCACUGCUUGGUCACUGAGGCACGCUGUGGGACAGAGGACCCAAACGUUUCUUUUGGACACUUAUAUCGCCCUGAAUGUGGACGAGUCGCGGGUCGGGCAGACAUCGACCAAACAGAAGACCAACAGCCCCGCCUGGAACGAUGAGUUUGUCACCGAGGUCCGGGCUGGGAGAAAGAUCGAACUGUCGGUGUUUCACGAUGCUCCUAUCGGAUACGACGACUUCGUGGCCAACUGCAUCAUCCAGUUUGAGGACCUGCUGCAGAACGGGAGCAGGCACUUCGAGGACUGGAUCGACCUGGAGCCCGAAGGAAGAGUCUAUGUUAUUAUUGACCUCUCUGGAUCCUCCAGUGAAGCCGCCGCCUCCAAGGAGAAUGAGGAGCGGGUGUUCCGGGAGCGCAUGCGGCCCCGGAAACGGCAGGGGGCAGUGCGGCGUCGUGUGCACCAGGUCAACGGCCACAAGUUCAUGGCCACCUACCUGCGGCAGCCCACCUACUGCUCACACUGCCGAGACUUCAUCUGGGGAGUAAUAGGAAAGCAAGGUUAUCAGUGUCAAGUUUGUACCUGCGUAGUGCACAAAAGAUGUCACGAACUUAUUAUAACAAAGUGUGCUGGUCUAAAGAAACAAGAAGCAACACCGGAUGAGGUGGGCUCUCAGCGGUUCAGUGUUAACAUGCCUCACAAGUUCAGCAAUCACAACUACAAAGUCCCAACGUUCUGUGACCACUGCGGCUCCCUGCUGUGGGGGCUGAUGAGGCAAGGCUUGCAAUGUAAAGUGUGCAAGAUGAAUGUACACAGACGCUGUGAAUCCAACGUGGCUCCCAACUGCGGGGUGGAUGCGAGAGGAAUCGCCAAAGUGUUAGCAGACCUGGGAGUCACUCCCGAUAAGAUCACCAACAGCGGCCAGAGGAGGAAAAAGUUGAAUCCCGCUGCGGACCCCCAGCAGACUGUCCCAGGCUCCACCCAGUCCGAGGAGGACCGCUCCAAAUCGGCCCCCGUGUCCCCCUGCGAUCAGGAAAUAAAAGAACUUGAAAACAACAUUAGGAAAGCGCUUUCGUUCGAUAACCGAGGUGAAGAGAACAAGACAGCAGCCUCGGGGUCGACAGACAGCCAGGGAAGGGGGGUGGAGAGCCGGGAGAACGGAGAGCUCAGGACCCUGCAGACCAAGCGCAUGAACCUGGAGGACUUCAUCUUCAUCAAAGUGUUAGGCAAAGGCAGCUUCGGAAAGGUCAUGCUGGCAGAGUUGAAAGGUACAGACGAAGUGUACGCCGUGAAGGUCCUUAAAAAGGAUGUCAUCCUUCAGGACGAUGAUGUGGACUGCACGAUGACGGAGAAGAGGAUCCUGGCACUCGCACGGAGACACCCUUACCUGACCCAGCUCUUCUGCUGCUUCCAGACCAAGGACCGGCUUUUCUUCGUCAUGGAGUACGUGAAUGGAGGAGACCUCAUGUUCCAGAUCCAGCGCUCACGCAAGUUCGACGAAGCCCGCUCUCGCUUCUAUGCAGCCGAGGUCACAUCAGCGCUUAUGUUUCUCCACCAACAUGGCGUCAUCUACAGAGAUUUAAAACUGGACAACAUUCUUCUGGACGCUGAAGGACACUGCAAGCUGGCCGACUUCGGCAUGUGCAAGGAGGGGAUUCUGAAUGGAGUGACGACUACGACGUUCUGCGGGACACCCGACUACAUCGCUCCAGAGAUCCUGCAGGAGCUGGAGUACGGCCCCUCGGUGGACUGGUGGGCUCUGGGGGUGCUGAUGUACGAGAUGAUGGCGGGGCAGCCCCCCUUCGAGGCAGACAACGAGGACGACCUGUUUGAGUCCAUCCUGCAUGAUGAUGUGCUCUACCCCGUGUGGCUGAGCAAGGAGGCUGUGAGCAUCCUCAAAGCGUUCAUGACUAAGAGCCCCAGUAAGCGCCUGGGCUGCGUGGUGUCACAGGGCGGGGAAGAAUCCAUCAAGCAGCAUCCGUUUUUCAAGGAAAUCGACUGGGUCAUGCUGGAACAAAGGAAAACCAAGCCUCCUUUCAAACCUCGAAUCAAAACCAAAAGGGACGUCAACAACUUCGACCAGGACUUCACGCGUGAGGAGCCCGUGUUGACGCUGGUGGAGGACGCCAUCAUCAAGCAGAUAAACCAGGACGAGUUCAAAGGAUUCUCGUACUUCGGGGAGGAGCCCAUGUCCUAAGACACAGAGCCAUCGCCAGCAGGCCAUCAGCUCCUCCUGUGAGAGUCCAGCAAUGAAGAGUAAAACAAGAGCAAGCUGAAACGAUCAACUAGUCAAGUAUUAAGCUUCUACCGUGAAACUACACUCCACUCACCAGCUCAAUGGGGUUAUUAGGGGUUCCACUUUCAGGCUUGUGAAGCACUCCAUUGUUACUGUGUUUCAACAGUGGUUAAAGGACUAUCUAUCUCUCUCGCUCUCUGUCUCUAUCUUUCAAACUCUGUCUCUCUCUGGCUCUUUGUUGCAAAGUUUUGCAGACGUAACACACUGCCAUAGAGAAGAAAGCGACUGAAGAAGCAGUCCAAUAGCGUGUAUUGCUUGGCAGAGCCAGUCUGGUUAGCUGUAUACCCAGUAGUGUGUAUUGCUUAGCAGAGCCGGUCUGGUUAGCUGCAUGCAGUAGCUGCUCAUGUUUUCUGUUCUCACGGUUACAGCAGAGUCACUCUUACAAUGAGGUUGCAGUACAGUAGCAGUGCCACUGUCUGGGUCUUCUCUAGCUGGGAGCUGUUGCACCACCACAGUCAUUUCUUUUUCCUUAGUGAUGCAUGAAUCUUACAUAAAGUGGCCAGUCUUCUGUAGUGAAGGUUUGUGUCCGGGCUAGUUUAAAUACAGACUGACGUAUCUAAGUAGAUAUUUAAAAAAAAAAUGGAAGUGAAUGUAUAUAAGGCAUUUUAAUUGAACAUUGGACGAAAUAGGGUAAAGGUUUGCAGGCAAAGGUGACUGAAAGCCCAAAUAAAGUAGCAUUAUUAUGAUUCUCUCCAGUGACCUAGGAGUACCCCUCCUGCAGAACAGCGUGCAACUGGUAUUUGCUAGUAUUGGAAUGCACCUAGUACAGUAUUAAUGGGUCAAAACCAACUAAAAGCAGAACGCAUACACACAAUACUGUACAAGACUCUGUCAAGCACAUUGUGUUAUUGUACAGUAUUGCACUGGAACCCUUUGUUUUGAUUGUGUUUUCCUUUGCAGUGUGUAUCCUGACACACUCCUGCAAACUCAUUCGAUUGUACUACUGGCCUUUUUAAUUUCAAUUGAUUUUUUAUAUGAUACUUUUGCAUUAAGAAUAAUACAGUCAAGACGGACCUUCAUGGUGUAUUGCAUUAACGGAGCAGGACGAGAACGUCUGCCCAGAAUGCACCACCUUAACCAAAUUGAUUGUACAAAUAAAGAAAAACAAAUUUGAACUCGGUGUAGCAACAAUAACAAUGAAAAUGUGACUCUCAGAAUCUGACUGUAUCAUACAAAGUAGACGUGUAUCUAGAGGAUUGAUCAUUACAUAUUGCAGAACUGACCAUUAUGAUGACGGUGUAGGUAUUUGUGUUUGUUUGGUGGGUCGGGGUAACUUGUGGACAAAUUUAAAGUUACCUACUGUAGAUAUGCUAACAGUGUUAUUGUAGUUUAUUUCUAAAUAUUGUGUGAUUUUGUGUGUGUCUCUGCAUGUGUGUACAAGUGCUCCUCCAAGUCUUUUUAUGUUGUUUGUUUGUUUCGUUUUUUUUCUUCUUUUAAACGAUGUUACUGGACUGUGUAAGUGUGCUGCUGUAGGAGUCUUCUACCCUACAUGUGGAUUUCCUGCUGCACAACCAGACCUUUUACUGUGAGGGGCAAAAGUAGAGCUGAAAGGAGCCUUUUGCCUUCUCUGCAGAUGAUACUUUGUAUAUAAUGUUUGCUGCAAGGCCUGUGGAGUUCCUUCGAACAUAGAGGUGUCAAUCGCUGCAUGUUCAGGCAUAGUAUAUUAUAUAUUAGUCUAUGAAAAAAGAUAUUAUGUGCAAUACUAUGUAUGUGUUUUUCGUAUUUGUAUUUUAUGUCGGAAUAGGGUUGUUUUUUUUUGGGGGGGGGGGGCAUGAAUAUUGUAUAGCGUAUAUAUAUUACCCUCUACUGGACCUCUUGUGUGUGUAUAUAUAUUGUUUUUCAGACUGUAGUGACGGUGUGAUGAUAACUUUGAUAACGAGAUUAAAGAACUGGUGGGAACGACAAACAAACAUGUGAAUUUAGAGUCUUGAACAGAACUAGACUCCAGUAGCAUUCCUGCUGGGGAUUUGGGGUGGUCUAGUUGUGCAUGGCAGGUUGUGUGUGUGUGUGCGCGUGCGUUCGUGUGCGUGUGUUUGUGUGUGUGCAUGUUUGUUUCCAGUCUGUUUAGGGCAGCUGAUGCAGAAGGGCUGUUCAGCAUCCGUCUCCCAUCCCAUGAGCAAAGAGCAGCUCUCCAGUUCCCAUAGUUGCCUACAUGCAAGCUUCUGCUGAGUAGGAGAGUGUUAGUAUAUAAUCAGUCUGUAAGGGGGCUGGACAUAUGAUUGGAUACAAGUUGCAAGAUUAUAAUUUGUUAUUUAUUUUUUUUACUUAAACCUUUUCAGUCCUGGCGGGACCUUAGCACCGUAUGUUAACAAAUGUCGACGGAAAUCACAUUGGAACCUCACGUUUUCCGACGUGGAAAAACAAUUGUCAGAUGAGUGCGGAGCAGUGGGGAGAUUUGACAGUUUUCAUGGUGACGUCAUUCUGAAGUCUACCCAACACCAUGAGAAGAAAAGAACAUGUUUGCUUAUCAGAACCUAUUUGGUUUCCUGAUUUUCAGGAUGUUUUGUUGUUUUUCAAGAAAUACGCAGUACUGAGUAUCUUGCCACAAAUCGCAAUAGUGUUUUUCUCUGCGGACACACGCGUUUAACAAUGUCAGAUACCGAGCCCAGUUAACAUCUUUAGAUAACCUGUAAUCUUUUGAUCGACCUGCAGUUGCAUCCCCUGAGCUCAGCGCUGUUAAGAAACUGUUCAAGCUUUGUUAUCAAGGGCAUUUCCUUGCAGAGCCUCAAGCAGUUAACAGUCAAAACCCUCCCGGAAACACUGAAACAGCAUGUUUUUAUUCCAGGACACGACUCGGCUAAACCUGACAACAUCUUAAUGCAUUGUGUAACUACUGUGAUUUCCAUCCAUUUCUCAGACAGUGAAGCUGAGUAGCAAACAGGUGAUGCUUUGAUGACGUAAGCUUUAGGCAGGCAACCCCACAACCCUUUCUCUCGCCCUCCCUCUCUAACCUGUGUACCCACACACUCAGAACUGCUUCAAUUGAGGUUUGCAUCCACUCUGGUGUUAUAUUGCAACCGGCCCUACAAUUACAUAAGGGUUAUGGCACCACUAUCCUUAUAACAGCUUUUAAAAAGUACAGAACAACACACACACACACACACACACACACACACACACACACAUAUAUCUAUGAUAGCGGUUUGAUAUUAUUUAAUGCUAACACUGCAUUAAAAAUACAUCAGCUAUCUUUAUCCCAUUUGUAUAUUAAAAAAGCAAUAUGAGCAUAGUGGCGCAUACAUAAAUUUGAAUGCUAGGGCACAGAAGUCACAGAAACUGUUGUCAUUGCAAGUAGUUCUUGGAUUAUAAUUUUCAUAUGAACUGACUGCUGCACAGAAGCACUAUGGGAAAGGUAUGAAGCUGCAAUGCACUAAGCGAGACACCAGUCUUUUACAAAUCCCCUCACAGAUUGUAUUCAUUAAAAGCUUAUCUUGUAUAGCGCUAUGUAAAUCUUGAUUGUACUUUACUUGAUUGUAAUCUAGCUGUGCAUCACCAGUCCUUGGCAGUGUUGACAAACCUUGAUCAAGGUAUUUAAGUGGACUUUUGAGACAUCAGUGGUUAGUUAAGUUAGGUUACCCCUUAGUUGAAUAGUCUAGACAUAGGCAAGUAGAUCCCAAUAAAGAAGCCUUUUAUACAAGACAAUCAAAUACACAUCUUUGUUAUUUCCCUGUUCCACAGCAACAGUCAAACAAACUUUACAAAAUGUUCAAUUAAAAGACUUUUAGAAUGUUAGCACACAUUUUUGCCCUACCCUCUUUGGAGGUUUGAUUGAAUAGCGUCAUUAGCGCUGCUGUAUUAUUUGAUUGAAUGUACCCCUUAUUUACUCUGACUGCUGAAAUGGGCUUGGCGGGAUGAAGUACGAGGCUUUCUUAUCAAUACAAUAAAAAGCAAGAGUUGUUUUGUGAAGGACAGGUUGUUCUUUACUACUAGUUUAGUUUAAGUUUCAACCCCCUUCCUGUGUGUCUGUUUGUGUUUGUUUUGGUUUACAGUUCUUGGGGUUUGUCAGUCUCUCUUUGUACUUGGUUUUUAAUGUAUUUUGUAAUAUAUGAACAUACUGUUACACGCCAGCCUUUUCCAAUACAACAGUGUCCGUCCUCCUUAGGAGAUAUAAAUGCAUCUUGCUAAAUUGUAUCUCUCUGUCGUCUCUUAGCUUUUUUAAAGAUAAUAAUACAAAAUAAAUUAUAUAUAUAUAUAUAUAGAGAGAGAGAGAGAGAGAUUGUGACAGAGUAGGGGGAGGAUAAUGACAAUGUAAUCCAGGAGAUAAAGUAGGAUACAGGAGGUAUUCUGGGGGAUGUAAUCCUGUAUCCUACUUUAUCUCCAGAGGCCGGUUAUUCAAAACUUGUAAUCUGGGUCAAAGUGAUCAUUGCUUUUAUCUGGAUCGUUUUGAUCCGGUUUUUUUUCAGAAAAUGGCACUGCUGGAUACAUUUAUCCAGAUUACCAAAAAUUACGAUGACAAAAUGUUUUUUUUUUU